AUGAUCAGAUCACUGCGUCUCAUGCCCCUCGGCGGCUCGGUCACUUUCGGGUCAGGGUCGUCCAAUGCGAAUGGGUACCGAGAAGGGCUCCGCCGAUUGCUGGUCGACGAUGGCUAUUCUGUCGAAAUGGUCGGGUCGCGGAGGGCGGGCACCAUGACGAACAACCACACCGAGGGCUGGCGGGGAUUCAGGAUCGACCAGAUCCACGACAAAGCUCGGAGGAGCAUCCCGCUGCUGCUGCCGAAUGUUGUCGCGAUCAAUGCAGGGUCGAAUGACUGUCUUCAGGGAGUCGACAUCGAGUUCAUCGGGGGACGCAUGGACAGCCUGCUCAAGUUGGUCUGGGACGCAUCGCCGGGCUCUACCAUUGUCCUGUCGACGCUGCUGGCAAAUGUGGACAAGCUGACUGAAGCCAACGUGUUGCGAGCGAACGCGCAGUAUCGUGAGUUGGCGAGGCGAAAGGCAGGCGAGGGUAGGAGGAUCGUGCUUGUCGAUAUGCACACUGCGGCUGGCCCAAGCCUUGACGACCUCAUGGAUGGGACACACCCCAACGACCUAGGCUAUCAUAAAAUGGCGUUGUUGUGGCGCAAGGGAAUUCAGGAAUGUGCAUCGAAAGGCUUGCUACAAGAACCAAUUCCGAAAUCAUAA